AAGAGUAUCUCCAGGACCAUGUCGAAACUCAACUGAAGCAGCAGAUGGAGGCGCAUAAACCGGGGCGACUUCAUACCGACAAUCGGUUCCACGAACAAAAGUCUAAGCAGAGACUGCAGCAGCUUCUUUCCAGUCUCAAAUACCCCGGAAUGAACAACCGCGCCAAUGCCGUGCGAAACUCCGACCCUGAUUCAUUCCAUUGGAUCUUUGCAGAGGGUAGCGAGAAUGCCUUUCUUCACUGGCUUGCGUCGAGGAAAACCUCUUUUCUGGGUCAAUGACGAGCCUGGCUCUGGAAAAAGCACACUUAUGAAGUUCAUCCUUGAAGAUCAAGGAACCUAAAUGGCGUUUGUGUGUGACUCGACGGCGACGAGGCCAGCGGUUGCGGAUCUUUGCCGUCAAACCAGCAAGCUCGGGGCAACCCUCAGGCAACGGACCAUCCUAGUUUUGAUGCACAAUGGCGAUCCACUCGUAUUCAACAUUGCUUGGUGCGAUCAGGUCGACCUCCAGCUGAACAGCAAUCGUGUUAUCCUCGAGGUGGACUUGGCGUUUCUCCUCAAUUUAUACUUGCAGGCUCUCGAGGCGAAUGGGGAGAUGUCCAAGUCACCCAGAAUGCAGGAAUUCCAGAUACUCGCCAAGAAUGUCAGCAAAUCUAGGUCGGCCAAGGUACUGGGCUUGACGUUCCGGGAGCAACCAAGCAUAACCGAUCAUCGAGAUCACACAGUAUUCCAGUUUGAAUCUGAGCAUGAUAGCUUAGAUAGCUCAGAGCUACUUGGAUUAGUGCGUAAAUGCCAACUCGUCAGCAUCGAGGACUUUGCACUCUUGAUAGCGCCUAGAUUCACAGCAUCGACUUGGGAUCGGCUUUGCAGGACGGUCAGUAUAGGGAACAAUAGCCGUACCAUGUCGUUGGGACAACUGGAAGCCCAACGUGUUGAACAAGGCCUUCUAAUUCGUAUUAACAAGUUCAAGGGCUGGCCCCCUGUGCACUAGUUAUGGCUCUUACGUUAGCGGUAAUUGUGAUUCUGUUUCCGCGACCUCAGAGGUGCACUUGGAGGUCCUGGCUAAUUCCCCACAUUAGACACAGGAGACACAGUAGACAAUACAUCUCGGUUGAAAAAGGAUUUGCUGGACCUUUCCACAGUGGCACAGCAAUCAAUAGAUAGAUAGAUAGACAGACAUAUAA